AUGUCGAUCAUCAAUCUCUUAUUGUUGAGUUUACUUUGUAUUGAUCUUUCUUACCAAGAUCAAUCAACAGCUCGCUUAAGCAAUUUCGGUUAUACGUUCACCCCAUACAGCAGUGCAAGCGCUCCGUUUCUCACGCUCACUCAAAGCAGCAUUCUUCGAUGUCACAUGCAAUGCAAUCAAAGAACCGCUUGUCGACUAUUCGAUUACGAUUCAGACACAAACCAAUGUCGACUCUGGUCAGAUGAUCUGACGACAGGUAUCAUCUCUCUGGCUAUUCCAUCGAAGCCACAAUCCAGAGUCGGUGCCAUUCGAAUCGCACCUGAUAUAUACACUCCUAUUCACAAUCAACCGUGUGACAAAUGUGCUGAUAGUCGAUAUGAAGAGUGUGAUCCACUCUUCCUCACUUGUCAGUGUCCACCGAUGACAUUCUGGGAUGGAAGUGUAUGUUCACCUCAACGAUACUUGAAUCAAUCGUGUGCAACCAUUGAUAGUUGCCGAUCGGAUCUUGCACUGGAAUGUCGAGAUGUUGGAUGUAAUUCUGUAUUUCAAUGCUUGAAUCAAACAAAUGUUGUGACAGUGGCUGGUUUUUGCAAUGCAACAGUAGGUGGUGGAGCAUAUGGAUUAUCAGGUCCAUGGGGACUGUAUGUCACGUCAAACAAUACUCUGUAUGUGACUGAUUAUGAUGCCGGCCGAGUGCAAGCGUAUGCAUCGUCGUCUCGUGCAGGAAUCACGAUUGCUACCAUCAACAGUCAUCUUGACGAUCUAUUUGUCGAUAAUGGAGGAUAUGUGUACACGGCUGCUAUAACGAUCAGUAGUAUAUUUGUUUCACCAUUAAACAAAACUCUUCCAAUACGCAUAUCAUCCACGUGUAAUUUGUCGUCAAUCUAUUCACCUUACGGUGUUGCUGUUGACAAAUAUGGAAAUCUUUAUAUAUCGGAUCUUUCAUGCCAUGUCGUUAUGAAAUGGACACCCAAUGCCACUGCAGGUGUAGUUGUUGCUGGACAACUCAAUACACCAGGUAGCACUAGUAGUUUACUCUACAGCCCGAAGUUCAUCGCUCUCGAUGAAGUACAUUCAGCACUCUAUGUGGUUGACUACUACAACUAUCGUGUACAGAAAUUUCUGCUGGGAGUCAGCACAGUAGGUAUUACAGUCGCCGGCGGUAACGGAUAUGGUAUAGGCUUGAAUCAGCUGAAGAAUCCAUCAGGAGUGUGUGUAUCAUCGAAAGAUCAGUCGGUGUAUGUGGGUGAUCAAGACAAUCAUCGAGUGGUGAAGUGGGUAGUGAAUGCUACGCAAGGUUCGAUCGUUGCUGGCAUGACAGGAGUAGCAGGCAGCACGUCAUCACUUCUGAAUACGCCUGGUGAUUGCGUUCUCGAUCCAACAGAGACAUUUCUUUAUGUGGCUGACUAUGGUAAUCAUCGCGUGCAACGUUUCCCUUUAUGA